GAGGUCUGAGUCAGGCACACAACCUUUCUGACUCCCACCGAGAGCUGUUGCGGCCACUGCCGCUCCCUGCAGGACCACUGUCUGGCAAAGCCUCUACAAUGUGUAACCGAUUCGUGGGAACCUGGAAACUCAUCUCCAGUGAAAAUUUCGAUGACUAUAUGAAAGAAUUGGGAGUGGGCUUAGCCUCCCGGAAACUAGGUGGCCUGUCAAAGCCUGAUGUGAUCAUCAGCAUGAAAGGAGACAUAGUAACCAUCAGAACUGAAAGCACCUUCAAAAACACAAUGAUCUCUUUCAAACUAGGCCAGCAGUUUGAUGAAACAACACCAGAUGACAGGAAAGUGAAGAGUGUCAUAACCUUGGAGAAAGGGGCACUGGUGCAAGUGCAGAAGUGGAAUGGCAAAGAGACCACAAUAAAGAGAAGACUGGUUGAUGGGAAAAUGGUGGUGGAAUGUGCCAUGAAAGGAGUUGUCUGCACGAGAGUCUAUGAAAGAGUGUGACGAAAUCCCCUCUGCACCAUACCGGGACUGGCUUUUGAAACUCAUCUUAGUUCAGUGGCUGAAGCCUCGUGCACUGUGCUGCUUUGUUUUCUUAUUUCCUUUUGUUGGGAAAAUGACUACACUGUAAUUUGAUGUUUCACAGCCAUAGUGUGACUAACCCAGAGUAUUGUGGUGAUCCA